AACAUCUUCAUUGAGCAUUUUAUUCGGAGGUGAAAAAAGUGCAAGAUUUUCUGCUUUGCCAUCAUUUCUCAGAAACACCCACGCCGCAUGAAGUCGCAACCCCAAAAACGUUAUUUAAAACAGGCUGCAACACAUGACAGUUCUUUAUCUUUUAGCACAAACAUUCUCACAAAGAACGGCAUGUAUGCCAGUCUAGAUGAAACAACCUUUUAAUAAGAAGGAAUUGUGCUUUGAUCGAAAAUGUGUUUUAAGUGCUGGCAGUAGCUCUUGAGACCUUGACCCAGAUGGGGUGGUCAACCACGGGUUCUUUGAGGGUGGAAGGGACAGGAGGGAGAAUUGUGUCCUUCAGGGUUCUUGAACCGUUUCGAUGAAGGGGAAAGGAAAACGACGGAGAAAGUAGUUUCGGUUUAGAUGCGCAGCAACUCGGCGCGCGAGGAUUGUUUUGAGAUUUUCGUUCCUUGGAAAAAGAACUAACAGAAUGGAGAAGCCAACAGAAAUUCCGGAAGAACGAAAACUGAAAACUCAAAUAGCCAAUCUUUUAGAAAAUGAAUCCUUGAGUGAUGUGGUUUUCUUAGUAGAUCAGCCUGCAAACAGGUAUCCAUGCCAUAAAUUAAUCCUUGCUUUGGGAAGUCAAGUUUUCAAAGCAAUGUUUUAUGGCAAGAUUAAAGAACAAGAAGAAAUCCGUGUUCCUGAUGUUACCAAAGAAGGAUUCGCUAUUAUGCUUCGAUAUCUGUAUUGUGGCGAAAUACAGAUCGACAGCGAGUAUGAGGCCUUCGAAGCUGCUUAUGCAUCAAAGAAGUACCUAAUCAAGCCUCUCUUCAAGGCUUGCGAGAGCUAUCUUCUGUCCAAUGUUAUUCUUGAUUCUGAAACCGUCUUCUCCCUCUAUGAAGAAGCAGCAUUUCUAGAAAUGAGGCAGCUCCAAUCUCGGUGCCUUGGGUACGUUUCUAGAAAUGCCAGAAAGCUGCUGAAUUCUGAAUCUUUCCAUACUGCUUCGAAAACAACUAUUCAGGACAUUUUGAGGCUGGACCUAAUGGACAUUGAAUCUGAAGUUGAAAUCAUAGAAGCAAUCUGGCACUGGGGCAAGGAACAAUGCAAAGAGCUGGACCUUGAAUGUUCCGAGGAAAACGUUCGACUCGUAACAAAAGAUUUUUUGCAGCAUGUCAGAUUUUUGUCCAUGCAGAUUGCCGAUCUGGAGAAAGUUUUAGAAAAGUUUCGACUCCUAGAUACUUCUGAUCGCUUGACUAUUCUGUGGAAUUUGACGAUGCCGAAAGUUGUUACUGGAUCAUCCAAAACUCAUUCUAGUCUUUGUGAAAUAGUUCGAACAAGAUCAGUCAGUAACUGCUCAAGAAUCGAACUACCCACAGAAUACAGAUAUGACGGCAGUCUGAACAACUUCCUAAUCGAUGAACAUUGUGCAACAGUUGAAGUUACAGUGACAGGACCACCAGUCAUCAUCAUCGGCGCUGUCAUCGCAUUCAGACCUAUCUCAUGUUAUUCCGCAGUCCACAGGACACUGGAUUUCGAACUGAGAAUUGGCAACAAAAUGACGAAUGUCAAGUCAUGCAUCAAAUCCAGCCAAAAAGCUCAAGACGAAGAAGAAACGGCGGAGCAAUUAGAGCGGGAACUGUUGUUGGACGAAUAUGUUGAAAUUUCUGAAGGUGAAAAGGCCGAACUGGCAGUGCAGAUGGCUGCAGAAGGCGUCCGAGUUAUGCAAUGCCUUGAAAAAAAGUUUUCAACUCACUGUGGGAAUGCUUGCGUUACUUUCGAUUUCAACACAAAUGAUACGGAGAAAUUAUUCUUUCCAGUUAAAGAGUUGAUGUGUGUGUGCAGUUAGUGUCGUAAAGUUAACUGGAAAAAAAUCGAUGGAACGUUUAUCGAUGCGUGAAAACAUCGAAAUUACGAACAAAUUAUCUCUUCAUACAGAAGUUAACCAUGCGAAUAUACGGUUUAACUCCUUUCAGUUAGUCCUUGAAUAUGUGCCUUGUAUUUCAGACCCAUAAGGCUAACUUCAUUUUCUUCUUCACAGUAUGGAUUAGCAGUUGUGCAGAAAUGCGAAAAAAGACUGAAAGGAAUUAAUGUCCAGGUCCCAUGAAGGAUAAAAAGUGAUAUAUUAAUUUUACUUUAAACAGGAUGGAGUGCGGAAAAAUAAUUGUUAUUUUGAGACCCAGGUUACGCCAUUAAAUUUGACUUAGAUUUCUUGGCGAGCUGUAUCAUGUACAAUUGUAUUAAAUUCAGUUUUCCUUUUUAGAUAAUAAUUAUACUUUUACGCUUCAUUUUUUCAUUCUUCAGGAUUUGUCGCACAUGGAGAGAAACAUGUUUUUUUUUAGUAAUUUGAUCAUCCUAAGACUAUUAUCAUAACUGACUUAAUACUCUGAGAAGUAUUAAAAGUCAACGGUUUUGUCAAUAAUUUUUGGAAUUCUCUUUAUAUUUUAUUGAGUUAGAGAAUAACAGCUAAAAAGAAUUUGUUUCUUUUUCCUCAAAAUUUGUAUUGCUAAAUGUUUAUAUCAAGAUCUAUAAAUGCUGAUUGAAUGUAAUUAUUUUGCAUUGUCCACUUGAGGGAAGUUUGUAAGCGAAGAAAAAGUUUAUAAGAUUCUCAACAAACAUCUUAUAUUUUGUAUAAAGCGCUAUAAGGAUAUUUUUUAUGUUUUGCGAAAAAAUUUUUGGCUUUUAUAAUAAAAAAAGAGAGAAAUGAUUGUUAUAUGAAAUGAAAACUUAAAAUGUUUUUAUUUAAUAGUAUUGAAUUAUUAAAAGCAUAGAAUAUGCAAUUUAAGUCUUAUAAUAUUACUUUUUUUCAGCAUAAAUCGCAUCUCCAGCAUAACGGUAUAUAUAAUUUAUGAAAUAUAAAAAAUAAUUUAUAAAAAAUUUAAGUAAAAUUAGAGGAAUAUUUUGUAAAAUAAAAUAAAUCAAUGCAUUUUAAAUUAGAUUUAUUUUAGUAAUGCUAUCGUUGAAGAAUUAUUUUAAAAUAAUCAGAAAACAAUAUUAAAUAAAUAAAAAAAAUUAAGAAUAAAAAUUUAAUUAAAAUUUUAAUGCAAGAAUUAGAAUUAUAUUAUGACAAAGAUUUGAAUUAUAUGAAAAGGAAUUUAAUAUUCAUGUUAGUUUAUGAGAAAGACAAAUUAUUUUAAUAUGAAUAGUAAACGAUAUUAUGUAAAUCAGACAAGACAUAAGAACUAAUGAGAAAAAAACGGAAAGAAAGUUCUAAUAAGGGAACUCGAAUUAUGUUACGAAGGAAAUUUAGUAAUUGCUUCAAACGACAAAGAAUUGUUUUUAAUGUUCACAAUAUUUAAUUGAAUCAAAAUUAAAUUGAUGCACCAAUCAUUUUACGUGCAACUAGUGUGUACAAACUGAUUUCAUUAGAUUUUUGAAUGCAGGUAAAAUAACUGUAAAUAUUCUAUAUUAUUAUUAAUGGAAGUCAUUAAAAAGUUGCCAUAUGACGAUUAUUAUUGUAUAUGAAAAUGAUAUUCCUGCUUUUAACUAUACAAAUUAUUCUGUAACUGUUACACGCAAACCUUUUAAUUCUAGUCUAAAAAUCAAUUUUUUAAAAAACAGGAAUAAACGUAUGUAUAUAUAUACUCAUAUAUAUAUAUAACAGUUUCGUGCGUUGAAAUUCAGCCAUCAUUAGCAUAAAAUUAAUAUUUGUAUUGUAUAAAUAUGAAUUCAGUGUAUAGCUGUUUUACAAAUGAAGGUAGCACAGAAUUUUAUCAUUAUGAUACAAAUCUUUGCUACAUUCUGGACUAUGUGUUCAUCAAGAAUUAAUUCCUGAAAUGUGCCAAAGUUAAAAGUUAUUUUCGAAUUUUCAACUCUAAACAUGUAUCAUUAUUAGCUAAUUAUUUUUUAUGAAUGGUUUUACAAUGGUAGCAAUAAAUGAAUUUUCUGUUUUGUUUAUUUUGUAUCUAUAGAAAUUCCGUAUAGUUAUUAAACUUCCGGUAUAAUACUUUCCAUUUCAAGAUGUUUAUAGGAAAUUAAAGUCUUUUAAUUAUUCUUAUUACUUGAGAAUAUUUUGAAGAUGCCAUAUUAUGUUUUCUUUCUCUUCUAAAGCUUUGAUUGCUUACUUAAAACACUAAUCUGUUUUUAUGGAUUAACUACCAUAAUUACGUUGUUAGUGCUCUUUUCUAUGAAACUGUAAAGCAAUUUGCAUUUAUAUUGAGGUCAGUUUUUACCGUUUUACUCAAGUGGUUUAUAAAAUUAACAAAUAAAAAAGUCGGAGUUAAAAAAGUAAAUAGAAUUCUACUUUUAGGGUUCAAGUGGUGAAAAUAAUUUGAACUUUGCGCUCAAAAUGAGAGUCAAAUAUUUUAAGUCUGCUUAAAUUGGAGGUUUAGUACUUGGAGCUGUUGAUAAAUAAAAACAAAAUAAUCGUAGGUAGGGUUUAUGCGAUCAACUAAAGCAAUCUUUUCAUAUCGCAAAUAGUUAAAAGCUGUGCAUCUCGAAUGUUCAGAGAAAAUACUGCUAGAGUAUAAUAUUUGGGAUUAAUUAUUUUUAUUAUUCCUAGAUGAUGAAAAAAUUAUUAAAGGGGAAAGUUGAAGACUUUUUUUUAUAUUGAGAUAGAAUUAGUAUUUUAAUUUUGCAAGAUAAAACUACAAAAUGUCGACCGAAUCGACAUUUUAUGAUUUCAUCGAAUAAAUAAAUUUUCGGAAUUCUAAUGCGCCGAAUAAUGUUAAUCGAAUAAAGGAAUAAAUAGAAAAAAAUAAGUAUUAUUAAUUCUUGCAUUAAUAGUUUAUUUGAAUUAUUUACAAAUUCGAACUAAAAAAUUGGUAGAAAAUUAUUUUAGAUUUAAAUUUUAACAUCAGAGGUUGCAAAACUUAUAUCUUUCUUAUAACGGUCCUUAAAUCGAACAUUAUGUUGAAAUACCAUCCAGGCUCUCUUUAUACUUAUAAAAAUAAGAAAAGAUACUGAAAAGAACAUUAGCUGUAUCAUAGCGAGAUGAAAUGGAUGUGAAAAGUCAAACAUGAAGUGCUUUAUUUUUGAUUAUAUGAUUAUUAUUAUUUAUUGUUGAAAUUUAAUAAGAAUUAACAUGAACAGCCUAUUUCCUACAGUGUUCUUAAGUAUUAUUUAAAAUAGAGUUUGAUAUAUGAAGAAAAAUUCUAAAAAUAUAAAUAAUAAAAGCCAUUAUUAAAGGAAUACUUAAUAAUUGUUGCAUUAUUUAUUUUCAUUUAUUUGUGCACUUUAUAAUGGAAA